AUGUAUUUAGAAGAAUUGCAAAGUGGUGUGAGAAAUAUAAGGAGUAAGUUCCAAAUUGAAACACGGCCUUCUCGGUGUCAUCCCCCUCUGCCUAAGAAUCGAUUUCGUGGCACCCACAUUUCUCCUCGGACAUGCCGGCUUCCGACUCCCGGUGUUCGGCCGCUGCUGCUCACCGUCAAGUCGUCGUCUCGCCUCCUCUCCCUCUCCCUCACCCUCGACCCUUCCAUCGACCACCUCCCCCUCGCCCUCACCGUCGUCCAGGCACCCUCCGCUACGGCUGCCUCCCUCGUCGCAGUUCCACCUCCUCCUCUCAAAUCGUGGCUGCGGCAACACCGGAAGGUGUUGUCGUCGCUAAUUUCGUCGGAGAUGAAAUCGAUCGGAUACACCCCCGAUUGCGGCACCUGCAAUUACCUAUUUCUGACUCUUUUGAAAAUCGGUCAAUUUGGGGAAGCGGUGGAGGUGUUGAAAGGGAUGGGGAGGGCAGGAUGCGUCCCCGAUUGCGACAACUACGGGGGAUUGAUUGCUGAGUUGAGCGAGGUGAGGAAGGUGGACGCCGCAGCGGAGGUGGUGAGGGAGAUGAUGUAA